AGCUGCUGUUAUUUAUUUAUUUUUUAAAAUGGAGUCACAUUAGUUACUCAGUAUCAGCCAUAUUUUUUUGGAAUAUAAUUUCUGCUUUUAAAAAAUAAAUGGCAGAAAAACUAUUCUUUAGAUUUCAACAUUUGGCCAACAUUCUAAAAAAUGACCUGAGUCUGUCCCUUUGAGAUAAUUCGCAAACAGCAAUAUUUUCAAUGACAAAGUAGGAAAAUCUGAAUUCACCACAAUCACCUUGACAGACUCCCAAGUACCUACAAACUUUUUGGUAAAAUCUGUGGUAAUAUCAAUAUAUGACCUCUUGAUUAUUUGCACUUAAAUAUGUUAACACUAGAAGGUCUGUAUAGCUUGAUCCAUCAAUGCGUGACUUUUAAAAAUAUCAUGCAUUAGCACAAGAUCUAUUCAGUAUGCAAGACACACCCACAGACUUUAAUACAAUAGAAUAUGAACUAUUCAAUGACAAUGUUUCAGGGUCCACAUGGCAAAGAAACUUUAGGGAACUAACACUUGUGUCAUUUUAGUGUAGUAUCAAAGAUGAAUAGCCAUGUUAUCAAAAACGUUAUUGAAAACUUUCCUCCUACAUAUUUGUAUUAAGCUGCAUUUUUUGUUGUUUGUUUCAACCAAAGUCACAGGUUAAAUACAGAAGAUCUAAAUAUCUAGCAGUUUUCUAGUGAAAAAUAAAAAGGACUUUAAAAGCUGUAAAAAGUAAAAUGAUCCAGUCUUCCGAUUAAAUCUUUUAAUUUUGGAAAACAGUUAAUUCCCUUAAAACUACUGUUAACAUGCAAGUAGUUCUCAAUACUCUGAAGGAAUAAAAUAUCUUUAAAUUGAAAUUAAUGCUUAACAUAGCAAAUAUCGGUGGACAUAAUCCACAUUAAUAGGAUUACAUCUGGAGUGCACACUACACUUUAACAGCAAAUAAAGAUCCUGACACCAAAACAUUUGUUUACUCCCUGAGGCACGAAUAAAGGGUACGGUGUAACAAAGAGCGAUUGGUACAGAAGCAUAUUCCAAAGUCCCAGGUCCCCCAGCUUGGCUCUCAGAAUCUAGAGAGGUGUCUUGGGUGUGGACACAGAGCACUGGGGAUUUCCCCUUCUGCCUGAAGUUUCACUUCUCACUCUCCCAACCUGGUCCAGGUCUGUCUUCCCAGACACUCUUGACAGGGGCCCAGUUAUUACUCCUAUUGCGUGUCUUGCUCCUAGAGAAGCGAAUCAGCGUCACUUUCACCGAGGUUCAGUUCUAAAGUUUCCACCCACCCGCCUGGACGCAGAAUCUUCACAGAGCUGCAGAAUGGGGGUAGUGGCUCCCCGAGAGUUGCUCCUGCUGCUGUUGGGGACCCUGGCCCUGACUGACAUUUGGGCAGGCUCACACUCCUUGAGGUAUUUCGACACCUCCGUGUCCCGACCGGGUCACGGGAAGCCUCGCUUCAUCUCCGUGGGCUACGUGGACGACACGCAGUUCGUGCGCUUCGACAGCGACGCCGAGAAUCCCAGGGAGGAGGCGCGGGCGCCAUGGAUAGAGCAAGAGGGAUCUGAGUUUUGGGACCAGAUCACACAGAUUUCCACGAGCAACGCACAUCAUCACCUAGUGUGCUUGAACAACCUGCGCGGGUACUACAACCAGAGCGAGGGCGGCUCUCACAUACUCCAGAGGAUUUGGGGCUGUGACGUGGGGCCAGACAGACGCUUCCUCCGCGGGUACAAGCAGUAUGCCUACGAUGGCAAGGAUUACAUCUCCCUGAAUGAGGACCUGAGCUCCUGGACCUCAGCGGACGCAGCGGCACUGAACACCCAGCGGAAGUUGGAGGCAGCCGGUGACGCAGAGCACAGCAGGGCCUACCUGGAGGGCACCUGUGUGGAGGAGCUCCUCAGAUAUCUGGAGAACGGGAAGGACACUCUGCAGCGCUUAGACCCCCCAAAGACACAUCUGACUCACCACACUAGCCCUGAUGGAGAUGUCACUCUGAAGUGCUGGGCCCUGGGAUUCUAUCCUAAGGAGAUCACCCUGAACUGGCAACGAGAUGGGGAGGACCAGAUCCAGGACUUGGAACUUGUGGAGACCAGGCCUGCAGGGGAUGGAAACUUCCAGAAGUGGGCAGCUGUAGUGGUGCGUGCUGGAGAGGAGCAGAGAUACACAUGCCAUGUGCACCAUGAGGGGCUGCCGGAGCCCCUCAUCCUGAGAUGGGAGCCACCCUCUCAGCCCAUCAUGGGAAUUGUUGCUGGCCUGGUCCUCCUUGGAGCUGUUGUCACUGGAGCUGUAGUCCCUUUUGUCUUGUGGAAGAAGAAAAACACAGGAUGUUUUCUUCCCAAAGGAGUAAAAAAAAGGACCUAUGCUUCAGCUGCCUGUAAUGACAGUGCCCAGGACUCUGAUGUGUCUCUCACUGCUUAGAAAGUGAGAGACAGCUGCCUCUGUGAGACUGAACAAUACAGGAUUUCUUCAGUUCUCUUCCUGCUUCCUACUGCAAUUUCAAGGAGUCCCAACUUUUCUUGGUGCAGCUGAAAUGUACCUGUCUAUGCGUCUGUAUUCCUGUGAUAAUAAUGUGAGAAAAUGGAGGAGAAUAUCCCACCAAGACCCCUUCCACACUAUUCUGUUCUCUUCCUCAAUCAACUUUCCUAUGGUGCAAAUUGGGGCUGAGAUGUCUCCAUUCCUGAUUUAGCCUUUUGUUGCCCUGAGCUGUAGCUGCUUCUUUCCCUGUUGAAAAAAUGAAUCUGAAUAUUGAUUUCUAUUUCAAAUUUGUGCCAUGAAAUAUGGUCAAUAGGUUAAUUAAAUGGAAGGAAAUUUCCUAAAAUCAAUAAAGAAAAUAAAACCUGAAACCUUA